AUGGCUGGGACCCCAUCAAGCCGUGGCUGUGAUGCCUGCCGAGAGCAAAAGAAGAAGUGCGAUGCAUUGAAACCAGCGUGCUCUCGCUGUGCACGCCUUCAAAUCCCUUGUGUUGGUGCGGGUCAGCGCCGGUUCAUGUUCAAGGUCCAAACCGCAUCAAGUAGAUCAAAGAGGCCAAUUACCGGCUCCGAAGAUCAUGAUCAGGAAAUUGGUAGCUCUUCAGUCAUACCCUUCGGCCAUCCAUCAUCACCUCCCAGUAAUGCCAUGACUUUAGCAACAGGGGCCUUUGUGUCAGUCCUGGAGGUUGAUGAUCCUCGGUACGAUGUCACCGGUUGGACCGUCUUUCUGAAUGAAAUACCCAGGCGCAUGGGUACAAGCAAUUUGCUUGAUGCAUCAGCAAAAACAUUCGCGAGUACCCUCUCCGCGGUACAGUCUAAACAGCCACAGCCUGUAGAAAACCUAUCACAAUUCGGCAAUGCUUUGCAAACUCUCCGGGGGUCAUUGGUAGAAGAUAAGCAUCAAAUAGUAGACUCGCUGUGUGCCAUAUACUUGAUACUUCUCUGUCAAGGAUGGCUUUCCGAAUCACCAGGCCAAAAUGUCAAUCAUAUAAACGGUAUCAUGCACCUUCUAAACAAAGUAUCCGACAAGGACUGGCGAGGCGAAUUUGAGCGUCAGAUUCUGGUAACAGUGUGCAUGGUCGUAAUAUUUGAGAGCAUCGCCAACCCAAGUAUAAAAUUGAGCCCCUGGCUUGUUGACCUGAAGAAGACAUACUACGGACCCGAGAAGCCCUGGGGAGUCGAUGACCACAGAGGUAUCGGUACUCAAACAAUCACAGUGGAACACAUGGUCAAAAUACCAGGCUAUUUCCAGGAACCGGAACUUCACUUGCAUGACCUAAGAAGCAGCUAUCAUGUGGCCUUCAGCGAAUCCAAGAGCCUCUGUGCCUAUGUUACAGCCAUGGCCGAAUCAAUAACGCCUAAAACUGAUAUCUCCUCGUUUAGAGCAUAUGUGCGUAUCCAAGGUGUGGCAUCCGUUCUAGUCUCCAUCGGACUCCUCCUCGGCACCAUCCUGCGGAUAUUCGAACCAGGCAAUGAACUUCUCAAGAUAGAGUCUGCCUUUCUCAUUUCAGAGGUUGCCAAGAUUGCUACAAGAGCAUCGAGUUAUAGGCCCUUGGGCGCGAUACUUAUUCCACUUAGUCUAUGCACUGCCUGGGCUGCGGCAGACGGUGCAGGAGCGGAAGCAGAAAUUGAACGCAUCGUCAGGGAUUACGAAACAGAUUUUCCUGAUGCGAAUUGGUUUGACAUUGCAAUCUGGCUAAGAGCCAAGUUUGAAAGCUUGAGGCAGAGAAGAAAGCAGACGCAGAUAGAUGUAGCCGCUACAUGUUUGGUACAGCGCAUCUCACGGAACCUACUGCUUGGUUAA